AUGUCAUUGAGACACGAAGCACCCCUGGCAGUUGGCAGUUCGGUCCAAGCUUUGCCGGCCAUAGCCCCAGCCAACUGGCCCACCUUCCUCCCCCCAAGAUGGGUGCUGACCAGAAUAGGAAUGAAAGACUACCUGAACAACUCGCCUGGAUCGUCAAGCCCCUCGAACAUGUCUGGCAGCGGUCCGCUCCCCGGUGAGGAGGAGGAGAAACCCGACAUCAGCGGCGCCCAGGCCAUCAACCAGCCCAAGGCCAAGACGGAUCCGACGCAGACCCCGAUCCAGACCCCGCUCCAGACGCCUCCGGACCGUGUUGGAUUGCAGGAUCCCAUCGAUCUCGUCUCCCACGUGAGUCGUCAUUCCGCGCAAGGUCACGGCACAGGCGUCUCGCAGCACUCGCCCCAGCUGCCACCCCAGGACCCCCAGACAUUAGGCAUGGGAUUCCAGUAUGGCGGACCGCCAUACCUCUACGACCAAAGCCUUGGUGAGUCCGAGCGCCCCGAGCAUUCCGACACUCGUGCGACCAUGGCGCUUCCCGGCUGCCGCGCCGCCCCCAGACCCCCGAGACUGUUCGUGGCACGAGAGCUGACAUCCCCAGUCAACUACGGAUCUGGCCAUGCCGGAGGCGUGGCACUGCAGUCUCACCAGUCCCACCACAAUGGCACCAUGCCCGACACCCCCAACGGUGGUGUCAAGUACCACGCCAUGGUGUCCGGAACGGCGGUGCCAUCGUCGGCCUUCAUGCACUCGAUCGCGGGCCAGGGUGUGCAGGGAGUUCCAACGACCAUGAUGCCGGGCACUCUGCACACCCCCAUCUCGCCAGUCGGCGCGCUCACCGCGCAGCUUAACGACCUGUCCCCGGGCCACGCCAACUGGCUUUACAACCAAGCCGUGCACGGUAGUCACGGUAUCUCGCCGCCUCACAGUCCGUCCGAGAACGCACUGGCCUUCAGCUCAGGGGCCGGCGCCUAUGCAGGUUACCCGUUCGGCCAGCCGGUCCCGCAACGCGUGCAGGCACAGAUGAAGGGUGCCAGGCUCAGUAUCGGGUCAAGCAACGACGAGGAGGACGCCGACAUCGAGCCGCGUUCAGGAAAGUUAGUCUUCCAGCCCUCCCAGACUCAGUCCCAGACCCAGCCUCAGACCCAGCCCAUCCAGUCUACGAGAGCCGCCCCCGCCGUUCCCCGAGUUUCCCGAGAUCUGCGAGACGCAAACCCGAACGUCAGGUCUGACAAUAGUGACUCGGACCAUCGGCCCAGCAACCAGCCGCCCAAGGAACAGACCUCGCCGAAGGAGGGCCCACGCGACACCAGGACGGCCCGCAUUCAAAGUGAACAGCGCCGCCGCAAUGAGCUGCGUGACGGAUUCGAACGCCUUCGCAAGGCGCUCCCAGCCACGUUCCAGCGCUGCUCCAAGACGGUCCUACUCGAGCGCGCAGUGACGCACAUCGAGGCGGAGAGGGAGAAGUUCGAAAACCUCACCCGCCAGCACCAAGUUCUCCAAGAGCAGCACCAGCUCCUCACCGCCCUCAGGCUCGCCAUGAGCCAACACCAGCACCAGCAACAGCAGCACGCCGAGCACAACGUCGCUGCCGCGUAUGCGACCGCUACGAACGGCGUCGUCAACCACGAGACCCUCGCUGCGCUCAAUGGCGGACAUGUAGGCGAUGGCGUCCAAAACGUUGCCGGUGCUCACGAAUGA